ACCAUUGAAAUCCAUUGAUAAAUGGAGCUAAUAUAUUGAAAAUAGUGAAUUUUCUUAGUCAUGGCUUCUGAAAAGCGAUGGAGUACAUUGAUACUACUACUUGUAGUAAUGGCUUCUGCAUCAUUAGUCAUGGCAUCCUCUUCCUGCUCUUCCAUCUUCAGCUUCGGUGAUUCCCUCGCCGACACCGGCAACUUGUAUUUCAGCAACCAGCAACCCUCCCAUCACUGCCUAUUUCCUCCCUACGGAGAAACGUACUUUCAUCAUCCGUCUGGACGUUGCUCCGAUGGACGCCUCAUCAUUGAUUUCAUCGCUGAGGCAUUGGGAAUUCAAAUGGUGAAACCAUAUUUAGGAAUUAAGAAUGGUGUAUUGAAAGAUAUGAGUGUAAAGGAGGGAGUGAAUUUUGCUGUUAUGGGAGCAACCGCGUUGGACAUUAGUUUCUUUGAAGAAAGGGGUGUUCACAGUGUUACCACCAAUUAUUCUUUCGGGGUUCAGUUGAAUUGGUUCAAGGAACUACUCCCUCAUAUCUGCAAUUCUUCCAAAACCUGCCAUGAAGUUCUUGGAAAGUCAUUAUUUCUUGUGGGGGAGAUUGGAGGCAACGACUUCAAUUAUCCUUUACAUAUACGACAGAGCAUAACAAAGCUUAAAGAAUAUGUACCACAUGUAAUCAAUGCAAUAACUUUAGCAAUUAAUGAGUUGAUUGAUCUAGGGGCACGCACGCUUAUGGUCCCUGGAAAUUUCCCAUUGGGAUGUAGUGCAGUCCAUUUAACAACGUAUGAAACCACGGAUAAGAACCAAUAUGACUCAUUUGGUUGCUUGAAGUGGUUAAAUGAAUUUUCUGAAUUUUAUAACCAGAAACUCCAACAUGAGAUACAUAGGCUUCGAGUAAUUCAUCCUCAUGCUAAUAUCAUCUAUGCUGAUUAUUACAAUGCAGCAUUGCCAUUAUAUCGUUAUCCCAAAAAAUAUGGUUUUACAGGACUCAAAGUAUGUUGUGGAAUAGGAAGUCCAUACAAUUACAAUGCAUCAAACAUGUGUGGUAAACCAGGCGUACCUGCUUGUGAUGAUCCUUCUCAGUAUAUUACAUGGGAUGGUGUUCAUUUUACCGAGGCCGCAUAUAGAUUAAUUGCCAAUGGCUUAAUUAAAGGACCAUAUUCCGUCCCUCAAUUGAGUAACCUGUGUUUCAUGAAUGUAAGCUAUGGAUAUGGAUAUGGACAUUUCAAUAGCUAGAGUGUGAAAUUAUGUAUUGACAUAAUCAAUAAAUUAUGGUCAUUAAAUAUGAAGUUAUGUAUUGACAUAAUCAAUAAAAGUGAAAUUGU